CUUACACGUCCAUACCUUAUACUUCAAUGAUUUCCAAGUUCUGACAAUGUUCACUUUGAUUCACGGCUUAGUUUCUCAAAGUCCGCCGGCGAUUGUGACUAGAAUAUUGACUUUCGUUAGCAAUAUUGAUGGAUAAGCCAAAGAACUCCGCAAUCGCCAAAUGGGGUGCCGCAUGUUCUCCGUGUGCUCUAGCGAAAGCAAAGUGUAUCCGCUCGAGUAAUGUACCAAGUGCUAAAUGUGAUAGAUGCGAACGAUUAGAAAAGGAUUGCGUCGGUCAAGUACACAAGCCAAGGAAGAAAAGACAAAGCAGGCCUUCUAAGACGGCUCAGCUCGAAGAGAGACUGAAUAAUCUCGUCGACUUCAUCAAAGCUAAUAACUCUGGCGAUGUCCCUACUCCGUUGCGCCAGGUCUCCGCAACUAGACAGCUUUCUCCGUAUUCAGGGGAGGCCGAAGGGUCGGUGCAACUCCAAAGCCCCGAGAUAAGUGCAGCUCAUGGCAACACUCCGACUCAAGAUUUGAGGAUAAACCGCGAACCAGCAACAGCUGUAUUGCCAAUACCAAACUCUUACAAUGAGCGUGCUCCUCGCAUAUGUGUCUGCCGCGGUCCGGCGGGCGAAGUUCCUAUUCCGCCUGAGCCGGAUGAAACAAACCUGUCGAUUUAUAUAGAGAAACUCAUGCCGAACUACCCAUUUGUUCCGUUGCCAAUAGGGACUACGACGUCCGAGCUAGCAUCGAAACGUCCUUUCCUACUUUCCACGAUCCAGAUGGUAGCAUCGUACCGCAACAUUAAGUCUAUGAGAGCCCAGAACUACUUCAUACUGAAACACAUAUCCGAGCAUAUGUUGAUGCGCUCUGAACGGUCUUUGGAGAUUCUCCAGUCCAUCCUUCUCGUUCUGGGAUAUUAUCACUACCAUUGCAUGGUACAUGCGCAGAUGAACAAUCUGAUAGGAUUAGCGAACAGCCUAACCGCGGACCUGGGCAUAAAUAGAAAUCCCGAAUUGCAAGAAAGGACAAAGUUAUUACAGACAAAUUCCGAGGCUCCUCCGCCAGUCAGAACCAACGAAGAAAGGAGGGCGCUUUGCGGGGUCUGGUAUAUGACUUCGAUUAUCUCUCUCGCGUUCCAGCGAAUCGAUCCUCCCAGAUAUACGCCAUACAUCGAUCAGUGCUUAAGAGAGCUUGAGGCCGAUGGAGAGUAUAAAUCAGACUUGCUUCUCGUCCAACUAGUCCGUAUCCAGAAUCUCUCCGAGCGCAUCGCGCAACUGCACGUGAAAGAUCACGUCGCGAACGAAAUAAACACGAUCACUCGUGCACCUGCGAGCGCUUACUCGAACAUGUUCCACGCGGAGUUAGAGAAGUUCACGGAGUCUCUACCUGCUAACUUAGUAACGAAUCAGCUCAUCACCUGCCACAUCAACACGGCAAAGCUGCGCCUAUGGGAGCCCCCUCGGAUCGACGCCACGCUUCUGGAGAAGAUAUCGAACUCCCUAGCGUCCCUAUCCUUAGACUCGGCCUCCUCGCUCGAUAUAUUCUACCGGGCUAGCGCGACGCUCAGGUCGUGGUUCGAAUUCUGGUUUUCCAUAGAAGUGACGGACUACUUCGUCCUGCCCAUGCCCGUGUCGGCUCAGCUCAUCAACGCCGUGACGAUGCUGGCCCGGUGGUCCAAGCUCUCGAGCCCCGACCGCAGCUUCAAGCUCGCCCCGAACCCGGCGUCGGCCCAGAUGGUCCGGAACGACCCGGGCUGCGGCGGGGCGGCGCUCGUCCCCGUCCCCGCUCUCAGGGCUAAGGAUAUCGACCCCGCGAUACCCUCGGCCGUGCACGCGAUACGCACGCAUCUGCUCUCGCAGCCAGAGCUCCACAUCGACGUCCCGGGCAUCCUGCAGGCCAUGGCCUCGCGGUUCGAGCAGGCGCAGGCGGAGAGCCAGAAGCAGGGCGGCGUGCCGUGGGAUAACGACACGUGGGACAUGGCAGCGAAGAAGAUCAAAGGCACGCGUCUGAAGCUCGAGCGCUGGGCUGAGCUGGUUGCCGCCGCGGAUAGCGAGAGGCGGAAGCCCGGGUUGUCGACGGGCACGGGCGUUGGCGGUGGACAAGACCUUAAUGCCGGUCAGGGUAUGGAUGGGAAUUGGAAUAUGGACUCUUCGUCAGGGUUAGAUGUUGACGGGCAACCAUCCUACGAAGAAUGGAACCCCGGUAUUUCGUGGGCUAAUGAUUUCUUUGAGGGCUUGGGCCUGGAUCAGAAUUUUUUCUUUGAAGGGCCGGUGGACUAUGGCACGUCUAUCUUGACUAACUUUUAAGUUGCUGAUGGCUUGGGAAAUAUGGCUGGUUCCUGGGACAUCUUGUAUAAUCAACACACAAUCUUGUAUAUUAAUAUAGCAAGCGUAAUUAGUACGAUUGUUCAUCAACAUAUUUCCCUUCACUACUCUAUAAUCCCGUUGAUUAUACAAAAUUAGAAAAGGGGCGGUUGCGAGAAGGGGCGAGAAUGAUAAUAGGGCCGUGGACAGACACUAUAAAAAGAGUAUCGAGAGACGUUACCUAACUAAGUAUCCAGCGCCGUGUAUAUUAAUAGAAUUGCGGGCUAUAGUCUUUGUCUUCGGGGAAGCGUACCAAUUAUUAGGGGAUGCUCUUGAGAAACUUUUGCGCCUUGGCGCCGCGGAAUCGCUUCUCUCCAUGAUAA